AGUGAACACCAAGGGUAAAAGCCAUCCCGAGUUAAACACGAGUGUUGAGCGACAUUCAAGUUUUCUUUGGAGUGAAUUGGUGAGAUUCUUUUUAUGUUACUAACAGUUAUUUUGAUUAUUUUUAUUAAUCUUUUUCUUUUCAUUAUGUCUCGAAAGUACACAAGAUCAAAUGAUUAUACAGUAGAUGACGAACGAGAUUUUUUAUCAAAUUCUCAAUUUCAAGAUUUCAGUCGAGAAUUGAGGAGUUUGCUCAAAGAAAGUCUCAACCCAAUCAUAAAGACGAUGGAUCGUAUAAUCGAAAAACGUUCUUGUUCACAAACACCUCCGCCGAAGAUCAGGGGCCAAAUCAAGAGGAGAGACGACACUCGACCCGUUCCUACAUCCAAUUGGAACGAAAGAUCUUACGAAGAGGAUUCCAAUUUCCGAAGCAAUGUCAAAAGUUCAACGAGAAGAGAGCCAAGAAAUUUUGCAUGUUUUAAUCCAGAAAGUCUAGCUCGUCUUCAAGAGUGUGUUGACAAUUUCGUCAAAGAAACACAAUUGCAAGAACAACUACAAAAAGAAAGUGUUUGCAAAAAUAAAGAAGUGAAAGUUGAAAACGACAUUGAGAGCAAUGAAAAUAAGAAAAUCGAUGUGAGAAAUGUUGGAGUCGAAAAUGAGAAUGAGAGUGAAAAUGAAGAAUUUGAAAAAGAAAUUGUUUGUGCAAAGGAGAAAGAGUGUAAAAUUUCAAUUUGCACUAACAACCUUAACCAUUCUUCUUCUAUUUUUGGAUCUUCAUUGUUGCAGGAGGACAAGACGAGUACUUCCAGAAACAUGAUAAACACAUCGCCAACCCUAUUGAUGAUCGAGCAUCGUCCAUGCUCUAGCAAUGUUUCAAAGAAGGACUUAAUGAAAAUUUCUAUUCCCAAGGAACUGGUACCCAAUGAUAUCAUCAAGUAUCAUCCAAGGUUUAAUCUUUCUAACUCUUUUGUUAUUGAUUUACCUACUAACUUUUAUUUACUAUUUGGAGGGACGAUACAAAAACGUGGAAUUGAUGUAUUGAGUUGCGAGGAUAAGUAUCUUUGCAAUCUUGAUAAGAAAUUGCCACUCUCCAAUUUGCAAAUAAACGAUUUGAAGGAAAAGCUAUCCCACCAUCCUCAUGAUGAUUCAAGGAAAUAUGAAGUUACCAAAUAUGAAGUCAAGAGGUUGACCAUUGGAGAAAGGUAUGAGGAUUCCAUCCAUCCUACAUCAAGAAGGUCUUCAAUGAGAAAUCAUUUCGAUUUGAGGACAAAUCGCCAAAAAGAAAGGGAGGAUGAUGUGAGCACGUUUAGGGCCGGUUUUCUCCAUGACGAAAACCCCUCAAGGACGUUCUACCUUAUUAACUCUAAGGGAGGAACACAAAGCUCAUGCUCCAUACUGGGCGGUUUUUGAGGAGGUUAUUUAACAUAUUUUCAUGGUACAAAACGACAACAAGGCUAUUAAAAUAUAGCACAAGUUGGAGCAGCGUAUUGAAGCUCUUAUCCAGCUCACUCUACGGCAAUUAAGGAUAUGUGGGAGACAACAUGUGAUGGGCAGCACUUGUUCUUGUUAUAACAGCACUAUACAUUAAAAUAACUUGUUAUUUUAAUCAUAUAGGAACACCAAGUGAUCAGCCCCAUGCUGGACGGUUUUUAAGGGAUUCUUUGAACACAAAUCCAGCACAUAACACGACCAUGUGUGUUGAUAAAGAAUGGAUAACGUUUUGGAAGCUUAUGGAGCAUUAAAGGAACACCAAAGAGUAUGCCCAUGAUGCACGGUUAAUGGAGCAUUAUUUUAAACACAUUUCCAGCACGUUCCAGCAUUUAAAGGAUUAAGAAUGGCUCACCCACCUAUUCAACAAUUCACGGCAGAAUAUGAGCAUUUGGGGAGAAUGAAUUUGGUUGGAAAUUCACCACCAGCCUUUUUCCUUGAUUAAACUAUUAUCUCCACUUGGGAAAAGAUGAAGACAAAUCCACGUGAGCUUUAUAUUGCAAAGCAUACAAGCCAAAGCACUUAAGGGAACAGCCCAUGUGCGUGAAAAGGAGGCACUAGACAUCCCAUGUGCGUGAAACACUCCAACAGCUCAUGUAUUAUUUAAUCAGCCAUGACUAGACCAUCACUCACAAAGAAGGCCACUACACGCCAAAUCACACUUGAAGACAACCAUGUGCGUGAAACACUCCAACAGCCCAUGUGCUCACUUAUCUCCACUUUGUUUAAUCUCCACUAGAUAUCUUUUAAUGAGAUUCGGCCAACACACUCCACCAACCAUAUGACCGAAAAUCAUGCAAGAAUUUGAGCUGAAAUUAUGUCUAAAGGAGUCCA